GAUGUGAAUGUUGUUCAAACCGAUUUUCCCCCUCAAACAACCAUUCGGCCAACCGGAUCUGAUCCGAUAGGAAGAGCUCCAUCGUCUCAUCGUCUGUGUCUCCCACCUGAAACGAAGAAAAAGAGAGGGAAGAAGGAGGAGAAAAUCUCGAUAUGAAGAAGAAGGGAUUCCUAUAAAACUGAGUAUUGAUAAUACUUUCUCCGUACUCAAUCGAUCUUUCCACAGACCGAGUUCGAUUCUCGGAAUGAAAAAAAAAAAGAAAAAAAAAAAGUAAUGUUUUCGGGAGGAAUUUAGGGUUUUAAAUUUGGUUUGGUAUGGUGGAUUGGUGAUCUAUCCGUCGGAGAAAGGUCUCUGAUUCGAAUGAUUGAUUGAAUUUGAUUCAUCUUUUUUCUGUAUCUGUUCUUGAUGUCUUCGAUUCGGUGGUCGUUCAGCGGAAGAGAAGAUAGAGCUUUUCAUAUUUCGUUUCUGUUGUUGUUUCGGCUUCCAAUUUAAUUCACAGAUUUCCUUCUCCUCCUUCCGGUUGGCCGAAUGGUUGUUUGAGGAGGAAAAAGUGGUUUGAUUCCUCUCUCUUGCCUCACUUUCACUGCCCAUUUCUACUCUUCAGAAUGGAAAACUGAGCUGAAGAAAUUCAUGUUUUUUCUUAUUACCUCCGUUUACACCAAAUAAGCUUUAUACUUGAUGAAAGAUGUAGGGGUGCAAGCUAUCAUAGGGCCACAACAAUCAACUCAAGCUUCAUUUGUGAUUGAUCUUGGAGAAAAAGCUCUAGUGCCAAUUGUGUCUUUCUCUGCAACAAGUCCUUAUCUUUCUCCCCUUGAAAGGCCUUAUUUUAUAAGGACAGCUAUUGAUGACUCAACUCAAGUUCAAGCCAUUGCUGCCAUUAUCCAAGCAUUUGAAUGGAAGGAAGUGGUUCUGAUAUAUGAAAAAACCCAAUAUGGAAAAGGGGUUAUACCCUAUUUCAUUGAUUCCUUCCAAGAUAUUGAUGUUCGUGUGCCAUAUAGGAGUACUAUUCCACUGGAUGCAAAUGAUGAUCAACUAUUAAAAGAGCUUCAUAAAUUGACAACCAUGCAAACAAGGGUGUUCAUUGUUCAUAUGUCUUCUUCUGUUGGAUCUCGGUUUUUCAUUAAUGCAAACAAUGCAGGAAUGAUGAACCAAGGCUAUGCUUGGAUUGUCACUGAUGGGUUAUCAAAUUUAUUGGCUCCCAUGGAUUCAAGUGUUAUUGAUUCAAUGCAAGGUGUGUUGGGUGUAAGACCAUACAUACCAAAGUCCAAACAGCUUGAAGAAUUUAAAGUCAGAUGGAAAAGAAAGUCUUACUUGUCAAACAAAAACAGUGAAACAGUAUCUGAUCUGCCUAGUCUCUAUGGGAUAUGGGCAUAUGAUACAGUUUGGGCACUAGCUAUGGCAGUAGAGCGAGUUGGAACCUUGGAUCCUCAGUUCUUGAGUAGCAACCCCACCAACAAUUUAACUGAUCUUUCAAGGAUUGGAUACUCACCAAUUGGUCCAAGACUCCUCCAGACUAUCUUGAGUACAAGAUUUAAUGGCCUAAGUGGUGAUUUUCAGUUGGUUAAAGGACAAUUGAAAUCUUAUGCUUUCCAAAUAUUCAAUGUGAUUGGGGAAGGGGAGAGAGUGAUUGGAUAUUGGACCCCAACGGUAGGCAUUUCAAAGAAGUUAGACCCUGCAAAUAAGUUAAGAUCAAAUUCAAGUAAUAUGAUGAGUAACCUCAAAGCUGUUGUAUGGCCAGGAGACUCAACAACCAAGCCAAAGGGUUGGGCUAUACUAACAAAUGGUCAAGAGCGCUUAAAAGUUUUGGUGCCACAUAAGUAUCACUUUUAUCAAUUUGUGAAUGUGGAACAAGAUCCCAUCACUGCUAAGACGAUUAAUAUAACAGGGUUCUGUCCAGAACUAUUCCGUAGUGUAGCAAAUCGGCUACCCUUUGGUCUCCCCUAUGAAUUUCGAGCUUACCUGCCUCCUGAUGGGAAAGAUUUCAAGAGCUAUGAUGUGGUUAUAGAUCAAGUUUACUUUAAGAAAUUUGAUGCAGCAGUGGGGGAUAUAACAAUUUUGGCGAAUCGAUCUACAUAUGUAGAUUUCACAAUGCCUUAUUCAGAAUCUGGUGUGCAAAUGGUGGUGGCAAUUGAAGAUAAUUUGGAUAAAGAGUUAUGGAUGUUUGUAAAGCCUUUAAGCUUAGGUCUUUGGUUGAUGACUAUUGUCGGUUUCAUCUACAUAGGGGUCGUGGUGUGGAUUCUUGAAUGUCCUACAAAUACUGAGCUUGGGGUUUCAAGAGGAGAACGUCUUCAAACAAGCCUAUGGUACUCAUUCUUAACACUCGUAUUUGCCCAACGUAAGUAUCUUAAACUCUACCUUCUUGCUAUUCUCAUUUAAAGAGGACUGCCAAUAGAAAUUAUUUAUUUAAAUGCAUUGCCAAACCACCUAAGGGACGAUGGGAGAAGUUCUUCUCCAAUAGGUGAAGUUGGAUGGGGAGGGAGGUGCUGAGGGGGAGGGAAAUUCCAAGAAAUCCAAGAAAGUCUCUGAUUCCGAAGGAGGGGUGGUGGUCCUACCGAGGGGCUUCUGGCCACAGGGGCUAUUCAGUGAUGGAAGAGGCCUUGCUAAGAGUGAUAUUGGUAGGUUGGUGGUGGCUAUCGUUAGGCGUUUCAAUCAAUCAGGCCGGGCCUCAUUAGUCUUCCUCACUUUAGGACCUUGCACCGUGAUCCACCCAUUUAAGUAAUCGAUCCUCUUAGGCUGGGCAUGUAUGCUGCCAUUUAUAAUAGGUUGGUUGGGUACCAAUAUUUAAUUGGCCUAAACAGGCCUUAAACGGGCUAAUGAGACAUUUAUAUGUAAAUGAGAUAUAAAUGGGUUUUAAAUGAGCUCUAAGCAGACUUUAAACAUGCUUUAAACAUGUUGGGCUUUCGGGCUAUUAAUAGGUUGUUCUAGUUCAGGUGCCCAUCGGGUAGCACCCUUGCACCAGGAACAACCAAAUGUUAGUUGGGUUAGGCUUCAGCCUGACAAUUUUAAUAAAUAGGUCAGACCCAUUUUGGUCUUUACAGGUCAUGCUCAGUUGGGCCUAUUGGUAUAGGCGUAGAAUUGACACUCCUAGCUAUCGUGGCCUCAUGGGCAUGGUUAUAGGGAUCAGUAUUGGGCAGUAUUGGUCUCUCUUAUACUGAUCAAGAACAGCUUGUAUUGACCUCAAAGGCAGAAAAGUGUACUUUUUGAGAUUGGAUUAUGGAUCGUUAACAUAAUUAUUAAGGCAGGAAGGUGACCGAGGUGUUUGAGGGUCUUUCGAAGUGCUUUGGUGAUAGGGUGGGCAUAAGAAGAGAAAGAGAUAUGGCUCUCUUCAGUAAGGAAAGACGG